GGAAUAACAAAGGUCAAAAUACACUUGGGUCACUGGCUCCUGUCGAUAAAACCUUUCUCGCGGAACGUAGGCUGCCCACAUGCUCUCCUUCCCAAUUGCAAACAGCAUCAUCGUCACUGAUUUUUGCGCCGCCGGCCGUCGUUGGUCUUAACAGAGAGAGAGCCAAGGUUCUUCCCAGCCUACCUUAGGCUCCUUCGCGCGCAUUGUCGACCCCAGUCGUUGUUGACAUCAGUCCCCAGCCACCCUCAUUCUUGCAGUAGAACCGGUUUUGCGCGUCCUCACCGACUUCAACGACACCUGCCUCCCUUACCUUUUACCCCCCACCCACUGCGACCAAUUUCUAGAAAAAGAGCAUCAUUUGGAAAGCAGCAACCUUGACCUGCAUUGUUGAUCGAAAGUCGAGAAGCCGCCACGGGUACAUGCACUUGCGCGCAUUCUCACCUACCGAAUAUCCCACCACCGUCGACCGCAGCGACGAGCCACGAAGAGAUGGCACCUUCCACCCGCUACGCCAGCAAUAUGGGGCAAAUUAUCGAGUACAUUCCUGACCGCUUAUAUCUCGCCGCUUACACCGAGGCGCCCGAUGCCAACACGUUGUUUCCCUACCCCGACCAAGCUCCUCGGUCACCUAGGAAGCGAUCGCAGCGCAAUGUCGAGCCCACUCCCGCCCAAGACUACAAGCAGCCCUACUAUUUCACAGUAGAUGAUACUCUUCUCUACAACGCCUUCCACCACGACUUUGGCCCGCUUCACAUUGGACAUCUCUACCGCUUUGCGCUGCAGUUCCACGAGAUCCUCGGAGCGAAGGAGAACAAGGACAGGCCCAUUGUUUUCUGGAGCAGAGCUGAUCCUCGCAGCCGUGCCAAUGCUUCUUGCCUUCUCGCUUGCUACAUGGUUUUGAUUCAGUCAUGGCCACCACAUUUGGCCCUCGCGCCUGUUGCGCAAGUCGACCCCCCCCUCAUGCCUUUCAGAGAUGCCGGCUAUAGUCAGGCCGACUAUGGCAUCACUGUCCAGGAUGUCGUUUAUGGUGUGUGGAAGGCCAAGGAGGAGGGCUGCUGCGUUCUUGAGAACUUUGAUCUCGACGAAUACGAAAAGUUUGAGCGGGUCGAGAACGGCGAUUUCAACUGGAUCUCGCCCAGCUUCCUUGCUUUUGCUUCCCCACAGACCGCCGAGGUGGCCAAGACGCCAGAAGGCACGGAAGGUUGGGAGCUGCUUCCAAAGAACCUUGCCCAGAUCGAGUCGGACGCCUUUAUCAACCAGCCCCUUCGCAAUGUCUUGACACACUUUACCGAGAGGAAUAUUGGACUCGUGGUUCGCCUCAACUCGGUUCUCUACAAUGCCUCGUACUUUGAGGCUCUUGGCAUCCAGCACAUCGACAUGAUCUUCGAGGACGGCACCUGCCCACCUCUUUCCACUGUGCGCAAAUUCAUUCGCUUGGCUCACGAGAUGAUCACGGUCAGGAAGAAGGGCAUAGCUGUUCACUGCAAGGCUGGUCUCGGUCGCACUGGCUGCUUGAUUGGUGCCUACCUCGUUUACAGAUAUGGCUUCACCGCCAACGAGGUCAUCGCCUACAUGCGCUUCAUGCGUCCGGGCAUGGUCGUUGGCCCCCAGCAGCACUGGCUUCACUUGAACCAGGGUGUCUUCCGGGAAUGGUGGCUCGAGGAGCGCAUCGAGAGGAGGCUCCGCAAGGAGAUGGCUGCCAACGCGGCCAAGGGUGUACCCCAGACUCCCAACCGUGCGGUCCAAAAGGCUGCUCGUGGUGCGAGCAAGAAUGGCGUCGCCACCCCUCCCAACCGCGCAGGGCGCACACCACUCGGCGAGAUGGAUUCGGUUGACAAUGCUCGGGACAACAAGGAAGACUAUCUUCCUGCGCCGACACCAGGUCAACCGAGAAAGACUGCUCGUGCUGGGUAUGGCCGCAACACCGCCACUGUUGUCGCUACUGUCGAGGAGGAGCGCGCCGUCGAGGAGACCCAAACCGAGAUCAUCUCGAUGCACCGGACGUCGCAGGGCAACGAGUCGGACGAGGAGUUGUAUUUGCGAAUGCGCUCUCAUCGCAAGGCUUCAGCGUCAGUGUCUCCGGAUCGCCGUACCAGCGAGCGUGCCGUCAGCCAACAAACAACAACCACCACAACCGUCUAUCAAGUCGUCGACAACGAUGCGUCCAACGAUAUCGAGAACAUCGGCACCGGAGCAGCCAGAACCAAGUCUUACGAGCAAGCCCAGCGAGUUAGUUCCGCGUCUGGGGUUCUGACCAAGGUUCGCGGAGGCAGCAGCAAUCCCAAGAGGCAAGGCGCCGUGGCUCCCACGGGCGUUCGCAAGACCAGCGGGCGGGUAGGGAGCGCGAGUCAUGUGUCUCCGGUCACGACACAGAGGAAGAUCAGUGCCGGGCUCCAAUAGUAAUGGGCUUUUUCGUUUGACUGGUUGACUAAUGUACGACUGACUGUAACGACUCUUGAUGACGACUUUUUGACGAUGACGACAUGGCACUGCUGCACAACCAACCCACCACACAAGGUUUUCUCUGCGUUCUUUUUCAAUUUAUCAUUCAACUAGCAUGGCACGACUUUGACUUUGCGACACUGGGCAUGCAUUUGGUUCUGUUUAGUUUAGCGGGGCAAGAGAGAGCUUGGGUGUUGUUGAGUUUUAGAAAAAUCUGGGUUUGUUUGGUGGGCGGGGAGUGUUGGGUGGGCUGUGUGAAUUGGGAUUGAUGGGAAAGCGGGUUGUUUGUUUUUUAUACUUCUCUCGACUCUGGAUUUGCAGUGGAUUGGGGCUCUCCUGCCCUUUUGUGCCUUGUUGUUUUAGGUAUCGUAUCUUCUCUCGCCUAUGGCGGUGAUUCGCUUGUGGGAGGACGGGCAAGGGGUUUUUAGGGGGGGUUCUUGCUAUGCUGGUUGAUGAAGGAGAGGUUUCUGGCGUUUACGGGACUGGGAAAGGGGGGUUAUAUAAUGGGCUUGGGUUUCUUGAGCUUGGAAGGAAAG